AUGGAUAUACGUAAAAAUUUAACAAUCUCUAGAUUAGCUUUAAAUAUUUUUAAUCAUAAAUACAAGGAAUUAAAAAAUAUACCUCAAAUUAAAAAUGAUAGAUUAUAUAGUUUUAUUAGAGAAGGAUUAUAUGGAGGUGUUACUUCUGUAUAUUAUCCUUAUGGAGAAAAUUUAUAUUAUUAUGAUGUUAAUUCUUUAUAUCCUGCUAUGGCUUUAGAUAAUUUUAUUGGAGGUCUAGAUAUUAGUUUUUUAUACAAUUAUGGUGAGGAAGAAUUAAAAUUAGAAGAUUUAUUUGGAUUUUUUAAAGCUGAAGUGGAAAUAGAUAAAAUGCAAAUAGAUAAAAUGCAAAUAGGUUUAUUACCUUUGAGAACUAAAGAUAAAGGAUUAAUAUUCCCUGUAGGGAAAUUUAAUGGGGUUUGA